AUGGAUGAUGAUGAUGAUGAUGAUGAGCCAGCCAGGCAGCCAGUUGACAACAGAUUCCGAUUCACCUUGAAAUACCUGGAUGCCGCCACCUUGGGGGAUUGGGUCUUCGUUUGCAUGUGUGCUCUCUUCGCUGUGGCCAACGCCGGCUUCCUGGGUCUCCUGGGAGGCGGUGGUGGUGGUGGUGGCGGUGGCGGCGGCGGCGGUGGCGGCCUGAAGGCAAGCAUCAGCCUGGGCGCCAAUGGAGGAGGCGGUGGCAACGGAGGCGGACAUUCCGGCGGCGGCGGUGGUGGCUACCACGGCGGACAUGGUGGACAUGGCGGACACGGCCCCAGUGGCCCAGUUCAGGUGGUCAAGGUGAUCCACCAGCAGGGCGGCGGCGGCGGUUACUCUGCCGGUGGCUACUCCUCGGGCGGCGGCUACUCGUACGAGGCUGCUCCUCAGGUCUUCAAGGUGAAAGUCAUCUCCGGUGGUAGCAGCGGCGGCCAUGGCUAUGGACCUGCUCCUGCACCCGUCUACCUGCCACCUGCCGGUCCAGCUCCCUCCUCCGUGAAGGUGAUCAAGGUCCUGCAGGAGUCCGCUCCAUUGGUCAGUGCCCCGCUGGUUGAGAGCGCCCCGCAGAUCGUUAAGGUGGUGAAUGUGGCCUCUGGACCUGCUCCGGGACCUGCCUUCAUUGGCGGCGGCGGCGGCGGCUACUCCUCGGGCGGUGCCGUCUCUCAGGUCAUCAAGGUUGUCCACGAGAGCCACGACAGCGGUUACUCUUCGGGUGGCUACUCCUCGGGUGGCUACUCCUCGGGCGGUUACUCUUCGGGCGGUGCCGGUGCCACCAAGGUGGUGCGCGUGAUCCACGAGCACUCAGCUCCGGCUGCCGGACCAGCCUACGCUCCCAUUGUUGUGCCCGGACCAGUGGCUUCGCCUGUGGCUUCUUACCUGCCCCCGCAGGAUAUCGCAGCCCCGGCUCCAGUUUAUACUGCUCCUGCUCCGGCUCCAGUCUAUGCUGCUCCUGCCCCAGCUCCAGUCUAUGCUGCUCCUGCCCCAGCUCCAGUCUAUGCUGCUCCUGCCCCAGCUCCAGUUUAUGCUGCUCCUGCCCCAGCUCCAGUCUAUGCUGCACCUGCCCCAGCUCCAGUUUAUGCUGCCCCUGCCCCAGCUCCCGUGUACUCCGCACCAGCACCUGCUCCCGUGUACUCCGCACCAGCCCCUGCUCCUGUGUAUGCCGCCCCAGCACCGGCUCCUGUCCUGAGCGUGCCUCAUCCUGCGCCAGCACCCGUCUUUGCACCGGAGGAGCAGGUUCUGCCCGUGGGCCAUGCCCCAGCCCAGACCUAUGGCCCUCCCGCCUACUAG